AUGAAAAUUUCAAAGAUUUUAUUUUUCUUCGUUGCUAUUAUAGCAGUUAAAUUAUUUAUUCCAGGAUAUGUUUUAGCAGGUAGUAGUGGAUCAGGUGGCGUAAAAAAAUUAACAGAUGCUCAAAAGAAGAAGAAGAACAUUAUAAUAUUUUCUUCCGUAGCUUCUGUUCUCGCUGCCCUAAUAGGUGCUGGUGUAGGUUUUGGUAUAUAUUAUAAGAAUCAUAAAUCUGAUAACAAAGAAGAUGGAAAUGAUAAAAAAGGAGGUGAUUCCAAAAACAAACAAGAAAGCACACCACUUUUAACUGCUAAACCUUCAGCAUAA